AUGGCAAAGGAUCCUAUUGAAAUGGCUAAUUCCUACCUAUUCAUCAUAGAUGAAUCAAAUCACGCUGUCAAAGCUGAAACAGUAUCUUUUAAUGUAGAGAAUGAUACUGAAGUGUUUUGUAUUGAUGGCUGGAUUAAGAAUAUCAGUCGCUCUUCUCGUAGACAGUUUAGGGAGAGGUUUAAGCUCCCUAGAGAUGCAGAUACUGAUGCCAUCUCUGCUGCUUCUGUUAAUGGUUCCGUCAUUGUUAGUGUUAACAAGGUGAAGCGUCCGAAGAUAAGCAACAAAUUCAUCAACAUUACAAGAAUUUAA